AUGACGUAUUUUAAAGCGACCGAUGAUGCCUUCGUAUUUGCCAUGCAUUAGUGUAAAAUAUUUAUUCUAGAUCAUGCCACGUUAUUUGUGACCCGAAUAACUAUAGUUUGUAGGUAAGAACUAAGGUUACUUUAACUUGCUAUGAAAAUAUGCGAUUAUUGUUUCACGGACAUUUAGCAAGCUAGCCACUUGGUUGGAAGCUUACCAGUAAAUCUAAGGCGACGAAGCUGAAACUACAGAGGAGACGAUGACUGCUCCGAAUUCUGAUCAGAGGCGCGCUUGCUGGGAUGCAAGGGACGCGUUGUGGAAAUGCCUGGAUGACAAUAAAGACGACGGUACUGCGUGCGAGAAAUUCAACAGAGACUUCGAGGCAAACUGUCCUGCUCAGUGGGUGAAGUACUUUGUCAAAAGAAGAGACUUCUUGAAGUACAAGGAGAAGAUUGAUACGGACGGAUACGAGUCUUCUGAACAGUCAUCAAAACUAUAGUUGUAGCUGCUGCUUAUUCUUUGAAGGUGUUUCAGAUGAGGGGCUUGCACAUCAGGAGUUCACAAGGUGAAUUUUGAAUGUCUUUUUAAAGUCUGAUUCCAGCGCGUUUUGACUUGACUUGAGUAGUGUGUGAACCCUUCAGGAUGGUUUUGGACAUACCAUAAAAAAAAGACUUGAUUUAAAAAUAAUUGAAUCUGUGCAGCACUAAGAAGAGAGGUAAAGUCACUCUGCUCAUUCAUAAUUUUUUUUUAAGAGAAGAAAAUCACUUUGGAGGUUGUACCCUGGCCACAAUUCAGUAAAAUACUCUGUGAAGAACAUUUUAAGCAUUGAGGAAAAGAGUGAAGCUAAGGGGUACUUUUUUGAGUCCUUUAUUAGUUGUCAUUAUUGUAACAUAUGUAGCUUCUCGGAUGUGUGUUACAAACAUUGUUAAAUUGUCAGUGAUUCAAGUGUUCAAAAAAGUCAUUAUACAUGGCAACAACACGAAAGGUACAUUAUUCUCUAACUCUGUAUUUUUUUCUUUGUAUUAACAUAGAUUUGUGUCCAGCUAGCAGAUAUGUUUUGUUCUGUGCAGAGAAGAGAAAGGAUUUCAAACACACUUAAUAAAUAGUACAAUAUUCCA